GCUAGCCCUCAGGAGUUGGAGGGCUCUUGGAAACGCUGAUGAAAGCCAUCAACACCUUCCCUGAGUGUGUGCAGGUCCACAUGAGCCAGGCACGUCCACCUUGCAGCCUUCUGUCCCAGGAUAGCUGCUGUGAAUGUGGUCCAGCACAUUCGUAGAUGACAUCACGUCACAAUGUCAAAAGGCUGCAGAAGAUGUCAAUGUGACUUUUGAAGAUCAACAGAAAAUAAACAAGUUUGCUCGGAAUACGAGUCGAAUCACAGAGCUAAAGGAGGAAAUAGAAGUGAAGAAGAAACACCUCCAGAAUUUAGAAGAUGCUUGUGAUGACAUCAUGCUGGCAGAUGAUGACUGCUUAAUGAUACCUUACCAGAUCGGAGACGUUUUCAUUAGCCACUCUCAAGAAGAAACCCAGGAAAUGUUAGAAGAAGCAAAGAAAACUUUGCAGGAGGAGAUCGAUGCCUUAGAGUCCAGAGUGGCGUCCAUCCAGCGGGUGUUAGCCGACCUGAAAGUGCAGUUAUAUGCGAAAUUUGGCAGCAACAUAAACCUCGAGGCGGAUGAAAGCUGAACAUUUUAUAAUAGUUUUUUUUUUACCUUGUUUAAUAAACUUGAAUAUUGUCUUAAAUGAUAAGUUCCCUUCUUCAGAUGAAACAAAAGAAAAAAACUUUCUUUUAAAAAAUUUUUCAUUUAAUUAAUGGAAACUUGCCUAUUUUCACAUGUCUUGCUUAUUUAUUUUAUAUUUUUAAAAGAAGACAGUAUUCAUGUAUGUAUUUUGCAUAAUGAUUAUACCAAUUUUAGAAGCUUUAUGUCAUGUUAU